AUGGCUGCUACUUCCGAUGCUCUGGAGAAAACAAUAGAGGAGAAUUCGGCAAUUCAAGGCCUGAAGAUAACUGCAUCUUGGGUACUGGUGGAGAGGGGGGAAUAUAAGAAGAAGAUCACGGACGUGAUGUCUGUCAUCCCGAAGGACCGGAAGGAAUGGGGGGCAUGGGUCAAGCAGGUGGAGAAGGUCAGCAAAAUGAGGGCCGAUAUGACGAAAUUGUUGCUGGAGAAACCCUGA